GACAAUUUUAAUUGGCAAAAUGUCCACUGAGGGGAACAAACAUCCUGAUAAACGCAGUUCUUACUACAUCCAAGUGAAGGGUAUAGAUCCCGAUCGGAAUAUUAAAAAAUUGCAAAAACUUUUUGUUGUCUCGCGCACAAUUCAGAAGCAGACAACACGACGUUUUAGUGCUACGGACAAAGAUGAAGAAGAACUGGAGCGAAAACGGGCCCAUCAUUUGAAGGAAUUAAGACAACAACGUAUAUCAUCUUUAGGGGCAAAUCAUAGAUAUAUUUUGGAGAUUGGAGCGGAACUAUUGGGCAUCGAUAUGGAGGAGAUAGUUAUGGGCGUUGUGGAUGAGCCGGAAUUCGUUGAUUUACUCUCGGCUAUGCUGGAAAAAAGUGGACCUCGAGUAUGUAUGAUAUGUUAUGCUGCUCAACUUGGGUAUCCACCAGACUCUGGACGUUAUGUGGAGAAUAUGAAACGCCAGACAGUUAAUCGUGCAAUUGCCCAUCGUAGUGAUAAUGUAGAGGUAUUCGGCAAUUUGGUGGCUGUUUACCGCAACAACAACAAUAAGGUUAUUGACAAUCGCACCAUCUCAGAGGAGGUGUCGUUCUUUUGCUGGAAGACUGAUCAGAGAAAUAAAUGUAUAUUUGUGUUAAAGAACUUCUUCGAUGACAUACUUCUGAAAUCUUUAGACGAUAUUUCAGACUUCAACGUUGUUGAAUAUAACCAAACACAAAAAUUUUUCCAUACCCUUAGACUGUAUAUAAAAUUUCUAAAGUAUUCCGAUGUCACUGUAUCGAGCCGAGUAAACUUUGAGGUUUCGCAUGAGCUUUUCAAAGGUUUCCUCUUAGCUAAGUUUCAAAUUGAGACCAGUUCUAAGGAUGUGCGCCGUGUACAAGUGGUAGAAAAAUACUUCAACCGAUGGAUGAGACAAAUACAGGGCGUAUUAGUUGAGAGUCAACAGAUUCAGAAGGACCCACCUGAUGUUGGGCCACUACAAAUGUUAAUUUUUUGGCGUCACCUGUUGGCUCGUUUAACGUCCAUUAAGGAAUUUGUUUCAUCACAGGCAUUUCAAAAUCAUAAGACUUGCCUGACGUUAUCCCGAUCAACAAAACUAUUAAAGAAAUGGAUUGAAAUUGACAAUAAAAUGACAUUGGUAUUUAAUGAGGCCAAGGAUAAUGUCACAUAUUUGAGGUCAUUGCAGAAAUGCUGGGAUCCUCUGUACAGAUCUGGCCCUGAUGAAAUUAUCAAUUGUUUACCCAGCCUAUUGAUUGCAAUACGCAAUGUAUCCAAGUCUGCCCAAUACUUUAACACAACUAGUAAUGUCACGGGACUUUUUGUAAAAAUAUCCAAUCAAUUAACUAUUGCCAGCAAGAAUUUUGUGACCAACAACGGCAAGUUAAAUUUGUGGAAAAUGAAACCGAACGAUGUAAUUGAAAAAAUCCAGAAGUGCCUUGAAAUGUUGCGAAUCUAUAAGGAACAAUAUUUUCAAACAUGUGAAGAUAUGGCCGGAUGUGGAGAAAAACAAUGGGUUGUAUCAUCUACGUAUAUCUUUACAAGCAUUAUGAAAUUCUCAGAUCGUUUGGAUAAGAUUAAUCAAAUUUUUAAAACGGAGGCACUAUAUUCAGUGCUGGAUCGCAUACGAAUUAGCGGAAUGGAGAAAUUCAGUGGGAUUAUUAAAACUGCCAGAGAUGGGAUAAGUGCGAAACUUUAUGAUCCUUUGAACUAUCGGAUUGUUGCAUUUGACACAGAUUUUGAUACGUUCACCAGAGACGUUGAAAGAGCCGAAGUGGGAAUGCAACAGUUUGUGAAACAUCAUAUAGCUGAUGUUCCAAUUGUUGAAUCUGUGCUCCUAAUAUUGGCACGUUACGAGCGCUUACAUUUGGAAUGCCUGUGCUUGGAUCGACGCUAUUUACAAGUAUGUGAGAUGCUGGAAAAUGAAAUGUUUAAUCUUAAGGAUGUUUACAAUGAGGAACGUGAUCGUCCCUCUAUACCACACAAAGUGCCUCCGGUUGCUGGCCGAAUAAUGUGGAUACGUUCGAUAUUCCAAAAAAUCGAUGUUCCUAUGCAAUCUUUGAAAUUAAGGGCAUGUGUCUUGAGCCAUAAGAAGGCUCAGAAAGUGGUGCGGUAUUACAAUUAUAUGAACAGCAUUAUUUGCCACUAUGAAAUGACCUAUCACAAGGCUUGGUUUGAUUAUGCCGAGGAGGUGAGAUGUCUUCUUAACUCGCCGAUUUUGAAUUGUGAAAACGAAUCUGCAGAGUACACUGUGAAUUUGGAUCCAGCUAUAAGACAAUUAAUAAAGGAAACAGAAUGGAUGUGGAAGUUGAAAUUAGAGGUACCAAACAUUGCAGCUGUUGUAGCGCAUUGUAAAGACUGCAUUUUAGAACCAGCCGAAUCACUGAAGAGUGUCAUAGAAAAUUUCAAUAAGCUGCGUCUGAAGAUAUCACCGGUGUUUAUAAGAAUUAUGCGUUUUCGCCUGCAGGAAGUAUCGGUUUUAUUGAAACCGGGGCUAUCCGCUGUGACAUGGUUAUCGGAGAAUUUAGAGGAUUUUAUCGCAAGCGUAGAAAAGAAAGUGGAUGAAGUUGCUCGAUUCUAUAAAACUGUUUCGAAUAUAGAAGCCAUACGCAUCUUAAAUGAGUUAACAUCGUUGGAUGAGUAUCUUUAUAUGUACACACCUACAUCACCGGAAUCAUCUGAGAAAUUUUAUGAGAAUUGCAAUACUUUACGCCUUAAAAUUGAAAAAGAGAUUGAGAAGAAAUCGGCAUGCAUGGAACUUGCUGUCAUAGAUUUGUGUAAUAUGUUCGUAGAUCUAUUGGAAUUCGGACCAACUAACUCGAUGGGCCGACGAGUAUUUCAAUUGCCUCCAGAAGAAAUUAACGAAAGCAAUUGGCGAGCAGAGGGCGCUAUGCCCGUUAACAAAUGGGAUUGGAUUAAAUUUGAUCAAAUCAAUCGAGCCAUUUAUUUGGUCUCAGAUGACAUUUUGAGGACAUUGCAAUUUAAAAAUUAUGAAAAUAUAAGUUAUGAACUGCAUCAUUUGCAGAACGAUUGCAUGGACUUGUUUUCCUAUUACAAUUCCAAAAUGAUACUGGCUUUAGUGGCUUGUUCGAAACGUUCAUUGGACUAUGUGCGCCGCAAAAUUUUAAGAAUGAAUAUGCGAUCUGAUACCCAGCCACCGAUUUUAUACUCAAAGCUAGACAUUGAUUUAGAGUCUGGUUGCCGUAUUGUGCCAAAUUUGGAAGUUAUGCAGGCAGAUUUUCACAGAGCUGUUCUAAAUUGCACAGAGAUUAAUUACUUCGUUAAUACAUGGGGAAAGCGGGCAAAAACUUAUGAAAGACGUCUGCGUCGAGUAACCGUGGAUGAAAAUCGUUAUGAACGGAAUUAUUUCCGAUAUGUCAUUGAGCACAAGGAUAUUGCAAGGGCAGUAUCAAAUCUAGGCAAUGGUCUUAUGAUAUUCAAAUCAAGCAUCGAUGAGUUUUUAAAACGAUUUUUCGAUGAUUACAAAUAUCUCUGGGCUGCUGAACGGGAGGAUAUUAUACAGGCAUUCGUCAAUACGAAUCCUUUAACUGUGGAUAUAAGAGAUAAGUUUGCAUAUUACGAUGAAAUCACCAGUAAUUUGGAAAAUGCCAAUACCCGUUAUCUUAUUGGACCAAUCGAAAUACGUAUGGAAAACGCUUUCGAAAAAUUAAUUGAAGAAUCCAAGAAAUGGAAAACAUGCUUGGGCCAGUUAUUGAGUGCCCAAUACAAGAAGCAAUUGGACAACAUGGUUGAAUUUAUAUCGGAGCAGGAGAAAGUCUUGGCUAAACCUAUUAACAACCUAGAUGAUGUGCGGCAGGCAAUGUUGUGCUUAGAAAGGAUCCGUGACCAUUUUAUUGGGAUGGAUAUGGAGUUGGGCGUUAUAACUGAUGCGUAUGGUCUAUUUGCUCAAUUUAAUAUUUUGGUAUCAAAAGAAGACUAUGAUAAAGUUGAUAACCUGCAGUUGUCCUUCAAUCGGAUGCUGGAGAACGCAAAACAUGUAUCUAAACGAAUUUCCGAUAUGGAAGGACCUUUGCUGGAAGAACUCACACACGGUAUUGAUACUUUUGUUGAAGAAUUUGCUCAAUUUAAUGAUGACUAUGAGGCUAACGGGCCUAUGGUGGAUGGCAUAACAGCAAAAGAAGCCAGCAAUCGGGUUUUUAUCUUCCAAAACCGAUUCGAUGAACUGUGGCUCAAGUAUGAGAUGUACAACAGCGGCGAGAAACUUUUCGGUUUGCCCGUGUCCGAGUACCCAUUACUGCAUCAAAGGAAACGUGAAUUCAACUAUCUUAAUCGAUUGUAUUCCCUAUUCAUAGAGGUCUUAAAAUCUAUAGCCGAUUACUAUGAAAUGCCUUGGGCCGAAGUGGAUAUUGAGAAGAUAAGCAAUGAGUUGGCUGACUUCCAGGUACGCUGCCGCAAAUUGCCCAAAGGCAUGCAGACAUGGCCAGCGUAUAUUGUUUUGAAAACCAAAAUAGACGAUUUCAACGAAACAUGUCCACUACUCGAGUUAAUGACCAACAAGGCUAUGAAAGAGCGACAUUGGGUUCGUUUAAAUGCUUUGCUCAAUACUGACUUUGAUCCCACAAGCUUUAGCUUUACUCUGGGCGAUCUUUUGGAAGCUCCUAUUCUGAAGAACAAAGAAGAUGUGGAAGACAUAUGUGUGGGAGCAGGCAAGGAGUUGGAUAUAGAAGCGAAGCUGAAGCAAGUCAUUAUUGAUUGGUCUGUAGUGAACAUACAAUUAGGUAUGUUUAAGAAUCGAGGUGAAUUAGUGCUCAAAGGUGGUGAGACCUUGGAGAUCAUAGCCUCUUUGGAGGACAGCAUCAUGGUAAUGAACUCACUGUCUUCGAAUCGCUAUAACGCGCCUUUCAAAAAGGACAUACAACUUUGGCUACGUAAGCUGGUAAGCACCGGAGAAAUUUUGGAAAAAUGGCUGAUGGUGCAGAAUCUUUGGAUCUAUUUGGAAGCAGUAUUUGUGGGAGGCGAUAUUGCCAAGCAACUACCGCUGGAGGCCAAACGUUUCACAAAUAUCGACAAAAGCUACGUCAAGAUAAUGUAUCGAGUCCGGGAAGUCCCCAACGCUGUGGAAUGUUGUACUGCGGACGAAAGUUUGGCCAAUUCAUUGACCUGGCUUUUGGAUCAGUUGGAAACUUGUCAAAAAUCAUUGACUGGCUACUUGGAGUCGAAGCGUUUGCUGUUUCCUCGUUUUUUCUUUGUGUCGGAUCCAGUGCUGUUGGAAAUUUUGGGUCAAGCUUCCAACCCCAUCUCAAUACAGCCUCAUUUGUUAAGUAUAUUUGAUGCUGUGGCCUAUGUCGACUUUCUGGAAAAAACCACUGAUGUUAUUACAGCCCUAAACUCCUCGAAUCAUGAAAAAAUCAUGCUAGAAAAUUCCGUUCAAUGCACGGGAAGUGUUGAGCUUUGGCUCAAUGGUCUCCUUAAAGAAAUGCAGGACACAAUGCGUACUGUUUUAGCUGGCAUGGCGGUGAGUCUCAAUGACCCCGAAUUCAAUUUUGCCGAAACAUUUCCAUCGUUUUGCGGCCAAGCAAGCAUUAUCGGUGUCCAGUUGCUUUGGACUCGUGAUGCUGAGUAUGCUCUGAGGAAAUGCCGUUCUGACAAGAGCAUAAUGAAAAGAACUAACACAAAAUUCCUAAAUUUAUUGAAUCAUUUCAUUGAUCUAACAGUGAAGGAUUUAUCACCACUAGACCGCAUACGUUUUGAGACGAUGGUGACCAUACAUGUUCAUCAGAGAGACAUUUUUGAUGACUUGUGUCGCAUGCGAAUUCGUUCGGCCGGGGAUUUCGAAUGGCAAAAGCAGGCCCGCUUCUAUUACAUUGAAGAUAAUGAUGAUAUCAUUGUUGGAAUUACCGAUGUCGAUUUCAUAUACCAGAAUGAGUACUUGGGAGUAACGGAACGAUUGGCCAUUACUCCGUUAACAGAUCGUUGUUAUAUUACCUUGGCUCAAGCAAUAGGAAUGUCUAUGGGAGGAGCUCCUGCUGGCCCCGCUGGCACUGGAAAAACAGAAACCACCAAAGAUAUGGGUAGAGCUCUGGGUAAACUGGUCGUAGUAUUCAAUUGUUCUGAUCAAAUGGAUUUUCGAGGUUUGGGCCGUAUCUACAAAGGUUUAGCUCAGUCCGGAUCCUGGGGUUGCUUCGAUGAAUUCAAUCGCAUUGAGUUGCCUGUGCUGUCUGUGGCCGCUCAACAAAUUUACAUUGUCUUAACUGCCCGUAAGGAGAAGCGAACGUCUUUCAUAUUUAGUGACGGCGAUCUGGUUACGCUCAAUCGGGAAUUCGGUUUGUUCAUCACAAUGAAUCCUGGCUAUGCUGGACGUCAAGAGUUACCCGAAAAUUUAAAAAUCAUGUUCCGUACCGUAGCAAUGAUGGUACCCGAUCGUGCCAUCAUUAUACGCGUUAAAUUGGCCAGUUGUGGUUUCAAGGACAAUUUAGUGCUGUCACGCAAAUUUUUUACCCUGUACAAAUUGUGCGAGGAACAACUGUCGAAGCAGGUUCACUAUGAUUUCGGCUUACGUAACAUUUUAUCUGUUUUGCGGACAUUAGGAGCCCAAAAGCGUGCCAAUCCUACGGAUACCGAGGAGACCAUUGUCAUGCGUGUUCUUCGCGAUAUGAAUGUUUCCAAGCUCAUUGAUGAGGAUGAAGGUCUAUUCAUUUCUUUGAUAGAGGAUAUGUUUCCCGGCAUUAAAUUGACCACAGCGGUGCAUAAGGAGUUACAGAGGGCUCUUGCGAGGGUAACUGACGAUUUGGGCUAUGUCAACAAUCCCGAAUGGAACCUAAAAGUUGUCCAGUUGUAUGAGACAUCACUUGUACGGCAUGGUUUGAUGUUAAUGGGCCCAACUGGUUCGGGCAAGACUAGCUGUACCGUUGCCAUGCUUCGUUGUUUUACAGAAAUGGGUCAUCCCCACAAGGAGAUGCGAAUGAAUCCGAAAGCCAUAACUGCUCCUCAAAUGUUUGGUCGUUUGGAUGUGGCCACUAACGAUUGGACAGAUGGAAUAUUUUCAACUCUGUGGCGACGUUCACUGAAAGUUCCCAAACAUCAGAACACGUGGAUUGUCCUUGAUGGACCAGUAGAUGCUGUGUGGAUUGAAAAUUUAAAUUCUGUCCUGGACGACAACAAGACAUUGACACUGGCCAAUGGUGAUCGCAUAAAAAUGGCGGAAAAUUCAAAGCUGGUAUUUGAACCCGAUAAUGUAGACAACGCCUCACCGGCCACAGUUUCGAGAGUGGGCAUGACAUUUAUGAGUUCAUCGGUGUUGCAGUGGAAUAUCUAUAUGGAAGCGUGGGUUCGUCGUCAACCCCCAUUUGCGCAAGAUGUCUUCCGCCGUUGCUUCAACGCGAUCUACGAUGAUGCUCACCUAUUUUUGCAAACGAAACUCAUAGCAAAGAUGAAGAUACUUGAAGCUAUAUAUGUAAAACAACUUUUGGAAAUUCUUGAUGGCCUCCUUGAGGACUGCUCCAAUCGGUCUGAAAAGUAUUUGGAACGCAUCUUUCUCUUCGCAAUGAUGUGGUCAUUGGGAGCAGUUUUGGAGAUAAACGAACGCGAAAAAUUGGAGGAGUUUUUUACUACACACCAUUCAAAAAUGAAGUGGCCCAAAAAGGAACCUGGCGAGACGGUUUUCGAAUAUUAUGUUGAUGACAGCGGCAACUGGCAACACUGGAAUAAUCGUGUGGAGCAAUAUGUCUAUCCCGAGGACGCCAUUCCUGAAUUCUCCUCGAUCCUGGUGCCCAAUGUCGAUAACGUGAGAACAGCUUUCCUAAUGCACAACAUAUCGAAGCAACGAAAACAGGUACUGCUGAUUGGCGAGCAAGGUACUGCCAAGACGGUUAUGAUUAAGGGUUAUAUGGCCAACUACGAUCCCGAAUUCCAUUUGUCCAAAUCAUUUAACUUUUCAUCUGCCACCACUCCUAAUAUGUAUCAGCGCAUCAUUGAAUCCUAUGUAGAGAAAAGAGUGGGCACUACAUACGGUCCACCUGGCCAAAGAUCAAUGACCAUAUUUAUUGAUGACAUUAAUAUGCCCAUAAUCAAUGCCUGGGGUGAUCAGGUUACCAAUGAAAUAGUACGCCAAAUGAUUGAACAACGUGGAUUUUACUCCUUGGACAAACCUGGGGAUUUCUCUACCAUAUUGGACAUUCAGCUAUUAGCUGCCAUGAUCCACCCGGGAGGCGGCCGCAACGAUAUACCCCACCGCCUGAAACGCCACAUGGCGAUUUUUAAUUGCACCCUUCCCAGCAACAAUUCCAUGGAUCAAAUUUUCAGUCAAAUCGGCAGAGGCUAUUUCUGUUUGGCACGCUUCACUGAAGAGGUUGUGCAACUGAUACCGCAUUUGGUGCCGCUAACCCGCAUAUUUUGGCAAAAUGUUAAGGUGAAAAUGUUGCCGACCCCAUCAAACUUUCACUAUGUCUUUAAUCUGCGCGAUUUGUCACGCAUUUGGGAGGGUAUGCUUAAGGUCGCCCCUGAAGAGUGUAAAACACAGUCGGAUGUUCUGAAACUGUGGCGCCAUGAGUGUACACGUGUUAUAGCCGAUCGCUUUACGGAUUACAAAGACACCGCCUGGUUUAUAGAUCGCAUGAAGCGUGACGCUAAAGCAUAUUUAAGUGAAGCCUAUAUGGAACAAUUUCCUGAGGAUGAGACAUUCUUUGUAGACUUUCUGAGGGACGCCCCAGAUGCUCAGGAAGAUGACGAGGAUGUAUCGUUGGAACCACCAAAAAUCUAUGAAGAGAUUUCAAGUAUGGAACAAGUAAAAGAUCGUGUUACAUGGUACAUGAGCCAAUUCAAUGAAUACGUUCGAGGCUUCCACAUGGAUAUGGUAUUUUUCCACGAUGCGUUGGUUCAUCUAAUAAUUGUAUCUAGAAUUCUAAGUAUGCCAAGAGGCCAUGCUCUACUGGUUGGUGUGGGCGGUUCGGGUAAACAAAGCUUGACCCGCUUGGCCUCAUUCAUUGCGGGAUACAAGUUCUUUCAAAUCACUUUGACGCGGGCAUAUAAUGCCGGCAAUUUAGUGGAUGACCUCAAGUAUUUAUAUCGUACUGCUGGUUUGGAGGGCCAAGGCAUAACCUUCAUAUUCACGGAUAAUGAAAUCAAAGACGAAUCAUUCCUGGAAUAUAUUAACAACAUCCUCAGUUCAGGAGAAAUAGCCAAUUUGUUUGCUAAAGACGAGAUGGAUGAAAUAUAUAAUGAAAUAAUUCCCAUUAUGAAGAAAAAACAGCCUCGUCGACCACCGACCCAAGAUAAUUUAUAUGAUUUCUUUUUAUCAUCGGCACGUUCCAAUUUGCAUAUAGCUCUGUGCUUUUCACCGAUAGGCGAAAAAUUUCGGGCACGCUCUUUAAAGUUCCCCGGCUUAAUUUCGGGCUGUGUUAUUGAUUGGUUCCACAAAUGGCCGGAAGAUGCUCGAGUAGCUGUUUCACGUCAUUACUUGGAAAAUUUCGAAAUUGCUUGUUCUCCUAUGGUGAAAGAGAAUGUUAUCAAUAUUAUGAGUUGGAUACAUGAAACUGUUUCUGAGAUCUGUAUAACCUAUUUCGAACGAUUCCGUCGUACUACAUUCGUAACACCCAAAUCGUUGAUAUCAUUCUUGGAGAGCUACAAAAAACUUUAUAAGGAUAAGAAGGAGAAUAUUAUCGUGUUGGCUGAUCGAAUGACAUCGGGCUUAGACAAACUCGAUGAAGCGGGAGCUUCGGUAUCAGUUUUGAAAAAAGAGUUGGUUGAGAUGAACAAAGUGAUCGUACAGGCCACUGAAGAGGCCGAAGUUGUUUUACAAACUGUGUCAGAAUCAACUGCAGCUGCUGAGAUAAUAAAAGCACAGGUGGCCGAAAAGAAAGCUCAGGCUGCUGAGUUGGUUAAAUUGAUAUCAGCCGAUAAAGAAGUGGCAGAGGCAAAAUUGGAAAAGGCUAGACCAGCGCUAGAGGAAGCAGAAGCAGCUUUAAAGACCAUUAAAGCGGCAGACAUUGCCACCGUACGCAAAUUGGGCAAGCCUCCCUACCUGAUCACCUUAAUUAUGGAUUGCGUUUGCAUAUUGUUCCGUAAACGCAUAAAACUCAUUAACCCAGAUGUGGAAAAGCAAUUUCUGGAAAGCUCGUGGGAGGAGUCCCUGAAAGUAAUGUCUGAUACCAGCUUCUUGAAGAAAAUUGUUGAGUAUCCCACGGAUAUUAUUAACGCAGAGAUGGUAGAUUUAAUGCUGCCCUAUUUUAACUACAGUCUAUAUACCUUAGAAGCGGCCAAAGUGGCGUGCGGUAAUGUGGCCGGCCUCCUAUCCUGGACCAUAGCUAUGGCAAAAUAUUUUGAAGUUAACAAGGAAGUUUUGCCUUUAAAAGCUAACUUAGCGGUCCAAGCUGCCAAAUAUGCCAAGGCUUCCAAUGAUUUACAAGAAGCCGAGGAAUUGUUUGCAUCCAAAGAGAGGGAGUUGGCCAAGGUGCAAAAACAAUUCGAUGAAGCAAUUGGCAAAAAGAAUGCUGUCCUUGAGGAAGCCACAAGGUGCCAAGAUAAAAUGGAUGCUGCCACCGCACUUAUCAAUGGUUUGGCCGGAGAGAAGAUCCGAUGGACAGAGCAAAUAGCCCAAUUUAAAAGUGAAACUGAACGUCUGGUGGGUGACACCAUACUGUUGACUGCUUUCCUUUCAUACACCGGGCCUUUCAACCAGGAAUUCCGCAAUGAUUUGCAGUCACAAUGGCUUAAGCGCAUCGUGGAUCUUCUAAUUCCCAUAUCCUCCAAUCUCAAUAUCAUUGACAGCUUAACCGAUCGUACGCAAAUCGGUGAAUGGAAUCUACAGGGUCUACCCACCGAUGAGCUGUCCAUACAGAAUGGCAUAAUUGCCACCAAAGCCGUUCGCUUUCCCUUGCUCAUCGAUCCCCAAUCGCAAGGAAAGUCAUGGAUAAAGAGUAAGGAAAAGGAGAACAGUUUGAUUGUGACCAAUUUGUCACAUCGCUAUUUCCGAACGCAUAUCGAAGAUGCAGUUAGCUUAGGGCUGCCUGUAAUUAUAGAGGAUGUGGGCGAAGAAUUGGAUCCCUGCCUGGACAACGUCUUGGAUCGCAACCUCCUAAAAGUCGGUACCACAUAUAAGAUCAAGCUGGGAGACAAGGAAAUCGAUUAUAAUGCAGCCUUUCGAUGUUAUAUCACUACCAAACUACCAAAUCCUGCUUAUACACCCGAAGUAUCCGCCCGCACCUCCAUUAUCGAUUUCACAGUAACCAUGAAAGGUCUGGAGGAUCAAUUGCUGGGCCGUGUCAUACUCACAGAACGCAAGGAGCUGGAGAAGGAACGCACCAAUUUGGUUGAAACCGUCACAGGAAAUAUGAAGAAAAUGAAAGAGCUUGAAGCAAAUCUGCUGCACAAACUCUCCACCACCCAGGGCAGUCUGUUGGAUGAUGUCACCGUCAUUGAGGUCUUGAAUACCAGUAAAAACACAGCCAUCGACGUCAAAGAGAAACUGGAUAUAGCCAAAAUUACCGAGGCCAAAAUCAAUGUAGCUCGUGAAGAAUAUCGGCCAGUGGCGACACGAGGCAGUGUCCUUUAUUUCCUGGUGUGCUCCAUGGCCAAUGUGAAUAUGAUGUACCAAACUUCGCUGGUGCAGUUUCUCGAUCGUUUCGAUGCCAGCAUGCAUUUGUCGGCCAAAACACAGAUAACCCAGAAAAGAAUCAAAAUCAUCAUCGACUACUUGACUUUCGAAAUUUACAGAUACAAAUCGAGGGGAUUAUAUGAAAAGGACAAGUUUCUCUUUGUACUGCUAAUGGCUUUGAAUAUAGACCGCCAGAUGGACUUGAUAAGCUAUGAGGAAUUUCAAAAUUUCAUAAAGGGAGGAGCGGCGUUAAAUCUCAACGAUUGUCCCCCGGUUCCGCACAAAUGGAUAACUGAUGAAACAUGGCUGAAUCUGGUGCAGCUUGCCAAUUUGCCUGUCUUCAGUCAAAUUUUGAAUAAAGUCUCAAAUAACGAGCGUGGCUGGUUUAAUUGGUACAAGAAAGAAUGUCCUGAAAGCGAUGUCAUUCCAGACGGCUACAACAGUCUGGAUCCAUUCCGCCGUUUGCUGUUGAUACGCUCCUGGUGCACAGAUCGCACUUUGUCGCAGAGCCGCCAGUAUAUAGGCCAUUCCCUGGGUGAGCGCUUUGCCGAACCAGUGGUAUUGAACUUUGAUAAUCUGUUGGUGGAAAGCAAACCCUUGAUGCCAAUAGUAUGUUUUCUAUCCAUGGGUUCGGAUCCCUCAUCAAAUAUCGAGGCGUUGGCCAAGAAAAAUGAACUCAAGUGUUAUCCUAUUUCCAUGGGUCAGGGACAGGAAAUACAUGCCCGCAAGCUGGUGACCAUGUGCAUGGAAGAUGGCGGAUGGGUGCUGCUGCAAAACUGUCAUUUAGGCUUGGAGUACAUGAAUGAAUUGACAUUGUUGUUACUCGAUUUGGAAAGAGGCGACGAAACUGCAUACAGUUCAAACUUUAGGGUAUGGAUCACCACAGAGCCCCACCCAGAAUUUUCCAUUACUUUGUUGCAAAUGUCCUUGAAAUUUACCAAUGAGCCACCGGCAGGAGUGCGCGCUGGCCUAAAACGUACUUAUGGAAACCUGUCCCAAGAUUUCUUGGAUUAUUCCCAAUCGGUGUACUACCAUCCGCUGGUGUAUGCCAUUUCCUUUUUACAUUCCGUUGUACAGGAACGACGUAAAUUUGGCCCACUUGGCUGGAACAUACCAUACGAAUUCAACUCAGCCGAUUGGUAUGCCAGUUGCCUUUUUGUGCAAAAUCAUUUGGAUGGUCUUGAACCGGGUAAAGGCAUAAGUUGGAACACCGUUCGCUAUAUGUUGGGCGAAGUUCAAUAUGGUGGCCGCGUCACCGAUGACUACGACAAACGCUUGCUGAAUACCUUUGGUCGAGUGUGGUUCCACGAUCAAUUGUUUGCCGAAGCGUUUGAAUUCUUUAAAGGUUACAAAAUAUUGAGCUUUAAAGAGCAGCAAGCCUAUUUAAUGGCCAUAGAAGAGUUGCCGAAUAUUGAUAGCCCUCAGGUUUAUGGAUUCCAUCCAAAUGCUGAAAUAACCUACCAAACCAAUACGACGAGAUCGAUACUAGACACGAUUAUGUCAAUUCAACCAAAGGAAUCUUCUGGUGGUGAUGGUGAAACUCGUGAGGAUAAAGUUGCUCAUCAAGUGCGAGAAAUGCAAAGCAAAGCUCCAUCACCGUAUGAUCUAUUUGAGGUCAAGGAACGUUUAAAGGCUAUGGGAGCUUUGAGUUCCAUGAAUAUUUUCUUGAGACAAGAAAUUGAUCGUAUGCAAAAGAUAAUUAUUUUGGUGAGAUCCACACUCAAAGAUUUGCUCCUGGCCAUAGAGGGCACCAUUAUUAUGAGCGAACAGUUGAGGGAUGCUUUAGACAAUAUUUUCAAUGCACGUGUGCCAGCCAUUUGGCAAAAGGGAAGUUGGGCUUCUUCAACUCUGGGUUUUUGGUUCACCGAAAUGCUGGAGAGAAAUGCUCAAUUUCAUUGUUGGUGUUUUGUGAAUCGCCCUGCGGUCUUUUGGAUGUCAGGAUUUUUCAAUCCUCAAGGCUUUCUUACAGCUAUGAAGCAAGAAGUGGCCAGAGCCCAUCAUGGUUGGGCUUUGGAUCAAGUCUCUAUGACAAAUGAAGUUCUUAAAAUAGGUAUAGAGGACUGCAAAAAACCUCCGAAAGAAGGCGUUUUUGUUCAUGGAUUGUAUUUGGAUGGGGCUGGCUGGGAUCGUAAAACAUCCCGUUUGAUUGAGUCCACGAAUAAAGUGUUGUAUGUCCUAAUGCCAGUGGUUCAUAUAUCGGCCAUUAAUUCGACUGCUCCUAAAAGUCCGAAAUUAUAUACGUGCCCUGUUUACAAGAAAAUGAAUCGUACUGAUCUAAAUUACAUCUCUCCCCUUUGGUUGAAUACCUUAAAAAAUCCGGAUCAUUGGAUAUUAAGAGGCGUUGCCUUAUUGUGUGAUAUCAAAUAGGCCCGAUUUAGGCAUUAUUAUGCAUAUAUAUAAUUUUUUUUUUUAAAUUUAUAGAUUAUUAAAUGUACACCUAACCAUGGUUUUGGAAUGCAUUAUACGAAAUUUUCCUUUUCUUUGCUUUUUAUACCCGCCACCAUAGGAUGGGGGGUAUACUAAUUUCGUCAUUCUGUUUGUAACUACUUGAAAUAUUCGUCUGAGGCCCCAUAUAUAUUGGGUUGCCCAAAAAGUAAUUGCGGAUUUUUUAAAAGAAAGUAAAUGAAUUUUUAAUAAAACUUAGAAUGAACUUUAA